AUGGCAGCGACGGAGGGCCGGAGGGCGCCCGGCGCGGCGUCCGGUGCUACGGCGAUGAUCGGAGCAACACCAGGCUCGCUCAGCACAAAUCCUGCGUCACGCCUCUUUUCAGCCACCCUGACUGGUCCGGGGGUGGGGAGCCGCGCAAGGCCGACGACCCAGGAAGUCAUCGCAGAGGCUUUUGGUCGGCGGCUCCACGGCCUUGAGCUGCUGAGCGUUAAGAAGCUCAACACCCUAAACGCCUCAGCCGCCAAACUCGAGGCCCACGUGGCUUCCCGUGCAGCCGCCAUAUCCAGGACCUCCGGAGUGACCACCGCAGCCAACGCCCCAUUCUUCAGUCCCAAUUCUAGUCAAGGACCCACGAACACCACCAGCAACAGCACCAACACCAAUACCACAGCAUCCGAAACGGGGCCAGGACUGGGUGGGGCUAGGCCACCCGCGGCAACCACCGCUGCUACGGCAGCGGCCCGCGAAGCCGAGUCCGGGACCACUGGAGCUGCAGAUGGGGAACUGGACGCCCCUCCUGGAAGCAGCAAUGGAGGUCAGCCGCUGAGUGUGGUCAUCAGUGUGGCGUUUCCGGCAAGUGGGUUGCCACCCAACGGAUCACCGCAGGGGCAGCAGCAGCAGCAGCAGCAGCAGCAGGGCGCGGUAGCGGCAGGCGGCGGGAAGCUGGGCGGGGCUGGUGGAGGAGGCAGCAACGCGCUGGCGCCACCGGACAUUGCAGAGAGGGGCGCGCAAAUUGUACGGCUACUGGCGCUGCAGGACAAGGUCCUUCACAGAGCUUUGGGCAGCGCGCAACAACAGCAACAGCAACAACAACCGCCGCCUCAGCCACAGCAGUCGUCAUUAUCCUCGACAUCGCUUCAUUUGACCUCCCAGCUCUCUGGACACUCCUCCACCCAAUCCACACAGUCUUCCCAGCUGCAGCUGACGUUGCUGUCCCCCACCAUCGGGACGCGCUUCACGACACUGACGCCUUCGGAGCAGCAGCUGCACCUACAGCAGCAGCAGAUGCUCCAGCCUGGAGGGGGAGGGGGUAAUGGUGGCGUGUUGUGGUCGGAGGAGGAGCAGCGUCGGCUGGAUCUGUUGGGGAUCAAACACAACAGCAAAGUGGCCGCGGCCACGGUGGGUAUCCGUCGGGAGCGGGCAGGGUAUGGAGACCUGAGCUCCAUGUCGUCGGGUCAGGGUCGAUCCAAGGACCUCCUGGACGGGCUGAUGAAGGCAGUGGAGAUGUUCGUGGGGGCGGGGGGCUCCCGGAAGGGGGGUUCCGCUCCGGGGCUAGGGGAGGGAGGAGGGGCAGGGGCAGGGGCAGGGGCUGCCGGUAUUGGGGGUGUGGGCAGCCGGUCUAGGCGGAACUUCAAGACCAUGCCGUCGGGGCUCAGUCCCGGCCCCGGCGCCGCCGGACGUCAGUCGCCGUUCCAGGGGUUUGCUGCGGGGGCGACGGCGGCCGCGGUGGAGGAGGAGGAGGACUUGGGCGGGGAGGAGGGGGCACAGGGUCCUCGCUACCCGGUGCGGCCGUACAGUGGGGUGUACGGCUCCGCUGAGAAGCUGACGGAUCGUGUACGGAAGAAGGGGGCGCUGGCAGUGCUGUCAAACCCGGCAGGCUUUCGUGAGGAGGUGGCUGCGGGCGAGGUGGCGCUGUACCGCGAGAUCGCCGAGCGUUGCCGUACAGCUCUUGUUCGUACUGCCCUCCACCCCCGGGAUGCGUUGAUGGUGGCGGAGUUGCAUCGCCAGGUGGUCAACCUGCACUACUGUCGGCCCUUCUUCGUGGCGCCGCGGGAGACGCUGCCCGAGGUGUGGGGGGUGGGGGGCUCAGAGGAGCUUUGGGCCGCGGGUUUUAACACGCACUUCGUGCAGAGUGCCUCCCAGGAGAGUGUGUUCCUGCCCCGGGCCGCGGAGAGCGAGUCGGAGGACAUCAUCGACACAAAUUCAAUCCGCGAACGUCAGGUGCGCAAGGACUGGAACCGCGUGGUGCGCAAGGACGCGUUUCGCGGCCUUGUGGGUACGGAAGAUCCCGGAGCGGCCUCCGGAACCACGGGUCUGGGGCACUCCCUGGACGCAUGUUUGGCCGUCAUACUCCGGCACAAGGACUCCCUCAGAGCGGUGUUCACCUAUUACAGCAUGCAAGGCAGCGGCAUCAACGACUUCUGCUUCGCGCUAGGCCAAGCCGAGUGGCGUGCAUUCGUAGCGGAUUGUGGUUUCGGAGCCGCUUGCGGAGACGGCACUCGUUCCGGCACGCCAAACCAAAUCGCCGCCGCCGUUGCCGCCGCUGCUGCUGCCGCUGCUGGGGCGGCGGCGGCGGCGGGUGGCCCCGGCGGGGCCCCCAAUCGUAUCUCCAUGAUGGGGCGCGGCGGCCCCUUGCUGCCGCCGGCGGCGAAUGCAGCGGCAGCGGCGCAGAAGCUGAACGCCGCCGCAGCCGCCGGGGGCCCUUCGGGUCCCACAGCGGGCGGGAGGAUGUCCAAGGGCCCCAGGGUCAGCACUCCGGGGAAAGGGUCUGUGGCCAGCGGUGGAGGCGGGGGCAAGGCCGGUGGCAGCGCCGCCACCGCCGCCGCCGCUGGUGGCGGCGGCGGCGGCAUUCCCACUGGGCGGAACCGUUCCGUCACCGGAGCUGACGGCGGUGUCAGCGGCGCCGGCAGUAGUACGGCAGUGGGCGGUAUCCCAAGGGUGUCCAUCCGGGGCAACACGCAGCUUCAAGGGUAUGCGGCCGCCGCCGCCGCCGCCGCCGCCGGCAGUGCCGCGGCAGCGAACGGCGCAGGAGGGCCUGGCGGCGCCGCCGGCGGCGCGACCCCGUUUCAGCAGCAGUCCAACCAGUUGGCUGAUUCGGUGUUUGCGGCGGUGAAUGUGGAGCCGGAGAAGCGCAUCAUCGAUGGUCAUACCUCCUCCGUCCAUCACAGGACACAGGGCAAAUUAACUGACAGCCCCCUCCCCCCCCACCUCCGCAACACCACCACCACCAACAACAACGGAACCCAGACGGUUCUCAGUCGCAGCUUCCUCCGCUUCGAGUGGUACGAGUCGCUUCUCAGAUUGGCCACCAUUCGACAUGUCAAGGGAGGGGAGAAAUUCGGCUCUAUAGCGGCAGCAUUAGAGCACAUGUGGACGAAGGAGGUACUGCCGGUGCUGCCGUCUAUUGCCGUACACGAACCCAACAUGUGGCGUAUUGUACGGUUGUACGGCGAUCCUGAGGUGAACGAGCUAUUUAUCGCCAACAUGGACCUCAUCAUGGCCUUGUACGGCUUGUUCAGUGCUGCGUCUAAGAACCAGAUGAUGCACUUGUCGGAUUGGAUCGGCUUGCUGAACACAUGUGCGGUCAUUGGCGACGCCACCGGUGUCACCCUUCACGCCGCCAAGCUGGCUUACAGCCGGUCCCUGUGUGUGGUGGUGGACGAGCAAUCCCAAUGGUUCCGAGCCGUGUGUUUGACACGGUGUGAUUUCAUGGAGGCACUGGCUCGCCUGGCUGAGGAGCUGGCACCCCCCCCGUUGGAGGAGGUGGCUGAGGCUCUCCGCGAUGUGGGCAUCACGGGCCGGCGGUUGCGGGUGGCUCUGGAGCAGCCCUGGACCUACUACUACAACGAGGAGGCGCUGCUUCCCUUUUUGGAGAGCUUGCGACUCGCACAGGGCGACCCCAUGUACCAGGCCAUCUCAGCUCAGAUGGACAACCUGUACCAGGUGUUCAAGGAGCUGCACAAUCAUGAUCAGCAGGAGAUCAGGAAGUUGUUGCUGACGUUGGAGGCCCAACAGCAACAACUCCAGCAACUGACAACGGAAAACGAUAAUGUCCGGCAGCAGCUGCGGAGCCGGGAACGAGAGCUGGCGGCAGCGACAGUGGCGGCGGCUGCAGCCAGGCAGCUCACGCGAGAGCAACAGCUGGCGGUGGCGGCGGUGGGGGCGACGGCAGCGGUGCCGCCGCCGCUGGUCAGCGCCUCCCUGGACAUGCUUGGCAGGGGAACAGCAGGGGCGGUGGCAGCGGCAGCUGCGGGGCGGAAUCAGCGCUUGAACUUGAGGGCAGGGCUGAACAACCAGCCAGCGGGCGCGACGGCGGCGGAUGGGGCAAUGCUGGCGGAGGCGGCAUUGGCAGCGGCGGAGUCGUCAGAGACUGCUGCAGCGGACGGGACCAGUCGGGCUGGCGGCAGCUUCGGCGGCUCUCCGGGUGCCCCCGGGGCUCGAGGGCCACUUCCCUCUGCCGUGAUGCAGCAGAGAAUGGGGGGAAGUCGGUUUGGGACAGCAGGAAUGGGGGUGCGGAUCAGCGCCAUGGAGGGAGUUGGGGCGGGAGGAGGCGGCGGCGGCGUUGGAGGCGGCGGACGGGAACGUUCGGUAUCCAAACGCGGGCGGCGGCCGUACUUCAUCAUAUUCUUGCCGUACAUGCUGCACCCGGCACAUCAAUGCUGGAGGUUCUACGCCGCCUGGCAAUACUCUUGGACCACGCGUCGCACACUUUGGCUUGCCAUGGCUUGGGUGCUGGUUUUUCUGUUGGCAGUUGGACUGUUGGUUGGGUUGUUGGUGCCCUGGGACAAGCUGGGCCGUACCACCUUCACUGCGGGGCCUGAGGUGGUGGCAGUUGGUGCGGAAUAUGUCAGUUUGAGGAUGCAACUGAACAAGGCAGCGGCGGUCUACUACGUGGUGGUGCCCGAGGCGGUGACGACGGCAGCAACGGCAGCGGCAGCCGCAGGAGCGGCGGGAGGGGCUGCGAGCGGUAACGGCGGCGGGGCUCAGCCGGAGAGGCGGCGGAGGAUUGUCUGGGCCGCCACGUCAGUUGCAAACCCACGAGCACCAGCGGAAGCCAUACCCGGGAAUAGCGCCACCAGCGGCUGUAGCGGCAGCAGCGACGGUGGUGUAGGCGGCCUGACUUCGAUGUCCUUUCAUCAACAAACCCCGGAGCCCUACCUCAAGCACGACCACCAUCGUAACCACCACGGAGGCGACGUCAGCACCGGGUCUUGGCAACAAGGCCUGCUGACGUGGUGGUGGUCGCCAGCCGCGGGAUAUGGGACGAGGGCCUUCCGCGGCAACAGCGGCGGUGGAGCUGGUGGAGGAGGGGGACACCACCGGAGGCUGAUGGCGACUGGGGAUGCGUUGCGCCUGGAUGGUGUGGCGGCGAAUGACGUAGUGGACAUGGCGGAGGGGUCGGCGGCUCCCGGAGCGGCGUUGUUCAACUUUGCCGUGGCGUGUGGCCAGGUGGACGUGCACCUGAAGGACACCAACUACACGCUCACAGUUCGCAGCGGCGUUCCGACUGGGGUGGCGGCAGCUGGCGGUCCCGGAGCCGGUGCCGCGCCGGGGACUGGAGGCGCGUCAGUGGAUGAGUGCACAACCAGCUUUGGAAUGGCGCUCAACGGCACACUGCCGUCGGCAGGGGGCCCGUUUUACGCGCGGCGCUGCCAGCGGUGUCCUUUCCUGCAGCCUGGUACUCCGUAUGUAGCCCUCUUUAUAGGUGACGGCGGCCGCAGGACGGGGGUGGUGCAGGGGGGGUUCGCUGACGGCUUCAUCCUCGCCCCCGCCGCUGCCACUGCCGCCGCCGCCGAUGGUGUGAUGGCUUCUUCCGUUGAAACCCUCGAGCAACUGUGGGCCGGCUUUGGGGGCCUGUGA